GCGCCCUUAUAUGGUGUUUGGUGGCACGAGGCGCUGGGUGCGCAGGGCUGCCGGGAGUUAUCCUUCCCCUGCGGCUGCGCGCAGCCUUACGUGGCGUUCGGCGGGCAAGAUGGCGGCCCGCAGCGGGCUGUUGGGCUUGGUCCUGCUGCUGCUCGUUGGUGCCGUGUCCCGCAGCUUCGGCCUCUACUUCCACCUGGGCGAGACCGAGCGCCGCUGCUUCAUUGAGGAGAUCCCGGACGAGACCAUGGUGAUAGGGAAUUACCGUACCCAGCUAUACGAUAAGCAGCAGGAGGAUUAUAUGCCUGCCACACCUGGGCUUGGCAUGUUCGUGGAGGUGAAGGACCCUGAUGAUAAGGUCAUCUUGUCAAGGCAGUAUGGCUCUGAGGGCAGAUUCACCUUCACCUCGCACACUCCUGGAGAGCAUCAGAUCUGCCUGCAUUCUAACUCCACCAAAUUCUCCCUCUUUGCAGGGGGUAUGCUGAGGGUGCAUCUGGAUAUCCAGGUUGGGGAACAUGCCAAUGACUAUGCUGAGAUUGCUGCCAAGGACAAGCUGAGUGAGCUGCAGCUCCGGGUGCGGCAGCUCAUUGAGCAGGUGGAACAAAUCCAGAAGGAGCAGAACUACCAGCGGUGGCGAGAGGAGCGGUUCCGCCAGACCAGUGAGAGCACCAACCAGCGGGUUCUCUGGUGGUCCAUUGUCCAGACCCUCAUUCUUGUUGCCAUUGGCAUAUGGCAGAUGAGGCACCUCAAGAGUUUCUUUGAAGCCAAGAAACUGGUAUAAAGAGGGCACACAACAUGAGCAAACAGCCCUCUCUUAACAGAAGCAACUCCAUGAGUUUCAGCAGCCUGGUCUGGUCAUACCUACUUUCUCUCAACCCUCCAG